AUGGAGAAUCCCGACAUCUGCCUGAACGACCCCUACCAGGAUAUCUCGGAUGAGUUCGGCUGGACACAGAGUCCGAGUUCUGGUGGCCAGGGCCAGGAGCCGCAGGACACCCAGAGCCAUGACGUGGAAGAGCAGGAAGGAACAGGCAUCGAAGAGGAGGUGGACUGGGGUGGCGACGAGGAGCACCAGGAGGCGAAUGAUGGGGAUGUAACGGAUAUGGAGGAGGACGAGCAGGGAGAACAAGAGCCGCAUGCCGAGACCAAGCUGGAAGCAGCUCCAGACGUCCCUCAAGAGCCUCAAGCCACGAAUCCCAUCGCCUUAGAAGAGGACGAUGAUGAUUGUCAAAUCGUCAGUGUGGAGAUGGGUCCUCCUCAGCCGAAGAGCCCCCCAAAGGGCAAGGGCAAAGCCAAGGGCAAAGAUGGUAAAGCCGGCAAGGCCUCCCCCUCUACCGUUCUGAAGGGCAAGGGCAUCAAAGGGAAAGAUGGGAAAAGUGGCAAAGGCCCCAUUGCCAAGCAGUACCCGGCUUCAGCACCACCGCAGAUUGCAAAGGCGACAGUGCCGAAGUCAAAGCCGAAGCCACAACCUCCGCGCCUGCAGCCACAGCCCGCACCUAAGGUUGGCCCGGCGAAGCCCCCACAGCCGGGACUCGCGUCGCAGCAGGCUUCGACCACGGCGACUCCUGCGAGCCCACCGGUAAAAGCGGCUCCCACGCCUCCGCAAAACUUUGUUUCUGUGGAUCUGUUGCUCGCAGAGCAGGUUCGGCUGCAGCUCCUCACGGAGCCUGGCAAGCGCGCCUCCAUGCGAAGGCUUCUCACACAGCCCAAGGUGUCACAGCUCCUGCGCCACCUGAGCAGUAGCCGGCGCUUGGCUUUCGGUAGCAUGCCCGGGGUCCUUUGCAAGCUGCUCCGGGAGUCUCAGGCUUUCCAACUGUCGGAAUCAAAGGAGGAUGCUCCUGCUGCCAUACAGGAUGUUCGAGUCAGUCUCACGGAGCAAGGUGAGGGAAAUCCGCUGGUUGACAAAAGAAGCUUCGACAGACUUUGGUCCUCUCUCUUUCCGAAUCGCUCGGCCUCGGCUACCAACCAACCGACCACACAAGCUGAGUCGGCACCCGCGGCUCCAAAUGGCACUUCGAAUCCACAGAGCAGCGAUGUGGCGGCCCGGAAUCAGAGUAAGCAGAGGGCAUUGCAACAGAUCCGGGAUCUUGAUGACAAAGGCGUGCCGGAUGGACCACGUCCACCAAGCAUGCCUCCCCCAAACUACAAGGCAGAUUGGAGGCGUUUCCAACCUACGGCCAAAAGGGUCCUCGCUCCACGCAGGGCAGGCUCGGCGAGCAGCCUCGAAGAUGGGACAGCCCAGCCGCACAACGAGCUUCACCCGCCAGUUACUCAAGUGGUCGCAGGUCCCUGCAGAAGCCCGCAGGGCCCACGGCCACCUGGGGUCCCGCAUGCCCUCAAUGCCCACAGCCAGCCUUCCGGGCCCACCCCGCCCGCAGGACCCCCACCCGGUCCAGGCGUGGGCCCCAGGCCUCAUUUCCACAUGGCUUCACCAAGAAGUCCUGCACCAGAACCUGUGGACAACGAGGGCCGCCCCUUCGAUUUGGACCACGUAGUAGUGAAUUUUGCCAAUGUGGGAGCAACAUAUGGAAGUCGAGUGCUCAAGAAAGACAAGCAGAACUCAUAUUUGUUUGACUACGAGGGCGUCAGACGGUGCGUAUGGCACCUGACGCAGAAGCGAAAGCUCCGGGUCAUCGGUGUAAUCUUCGAAAACUUUCAUGGCGAUGAAAACGGCCGCGAGGUCCACCAAGUGCCUCCCGACAUUUCUGCCAUGUGCGAGAGCAUCGAGCUCACACCCCGACUAUUGGGCCAAAGGCACAAGAGCGCCGAUGAUGAAAUGACCAUCAAGUGCGCUUACCGAAGAAACUGCAGGUUCUUGGACAAUGACAAUUACCAGGACUGGCGCAAUUAUCUCGCGGACGAGGCUGUGCGGACUUGGCUGCUGCACUGCCAAGAAUUCCUGCAGAUGAAGUUUUACUUUGACUCUGGACUCGGAGACUUUGACAUACUCGAAGGCAACAUACCAGCUGCCUGGUUAGCACAGGGCCCAUCGAAACGCAUGUGCACGAGACCAUGGAAAUGA